GCGGAAGUGCCGGCCCGGAGCCCGCGCCCGGCGGGUGUCUCCUUUGCGCUGCCCAGCAGCCGCUUGCACCAGCCAUGGACUGCUACACGGCGAACUGGAACCCGCUCGGGGACUCUGCCUUUUACCGGAAAUAUGAGCUGUACAGCAUGGACUGGGACCUGAAGGAGGAACUCAGGGAUUGCCUGGUAGCUGCUGCGCCCUACGGGGGCCCCAUUGCACUGUUGAGGAACCCAUGGCGGAAGGAGAAGGCUGCCAGCGUACGGCCAGUGCUUGAGAUCUAUUCUGCUUCCGGCCUGCCUCUGGCCAGUCUGCUGUGGAAGAGUGGGCCCGUGGUGUCCCUAGGCUGGUCAGCUGAAGAGGAGCUGCUCUGCGUGCAGGAGGAUGGUGGAGUGCUGGUGUACGGGCUUCACGGUGACUUCCGGAGACACUUCAGCAUGGGCAAUGAGGUGCUCCAGAACCGGGUUCUGGACGCCCGGAUCUUCCAUACUGAGUUUGGUUCAGGGGUGGCCAUCCUCACUGGGGCCCACCGCUUUACUCUCAGUGCCAAUGUCAGUGACCUCAAACUCCGCCGGAUGCCAGAGGUGCCAGGUCUGCAGGGUGCACCUUCGUGCUGGACCGCCCUCUGCCAGGACCGAGUUGCACACAUUCUUCUGGCUGUGGGGCCUGAUCUUUACCUCCUGGACCAGUCCGCCUGCUCCGCAGUGACACCCUCUGGCCUGGCGCCAGGAGUGAGCAGCUUCCUGCAGAUGGCUGUCUCCUUCACCUACCGACACCUGGCACUCUUCACGGACACAGGCUACAUCUGGAUGGGGACAGCAUCACUCAAGGAGAAGCUGUGUGAGUUCAACUGUAACAUCCGGGCCCCCCCGAAGCAGAUGGUCUGGUGCAGCCGCCCUCGCAGCAAAGAGAGGGCCGUUGUGGUGGCCUGGGAGAGGCGGCUAAUGGUGGUGGGCGAUGCCCCCGAGAGCAUCCAGUUUGUGCUGGACGAAGACUCCUAUUUGGUUCCUGAGCUGGAUGGGGUCCGCAUCUUCUCUCGUAGCACCCACGAGUUCCUACAUGAGGUUCCAGUGGCCAGCGAGGAGAUCUUCAAAAUUGCCUCGAUGGCCCCUGGAGCACUGUUGUUGGAGGCCCAGAAAGAGUAUGAGAAAGAGAGCCAGAAGGCAGACGAGUACCUACGGGAGAUCCAGGAGCUGGGGCAGCUGACCCAGGCCGUGCAGCAGUGCAUCGAGGCCGCGGGACAUGAGCACCGGCCAGACAUGCAGAAGAGCCUGCUCAGGGCGGCCUCCUUUGGGAAGUGUUUCCUCGACAGAUUUCCACCUGACAGCUUCGUGCGCAUGUGUCAGGACCUGCGUGUGCUCAAUGCCAUUCGGGACUAUCACAUCGGGAUCCCCCUCACUUAUAGCCAAUAUAAGCAACUCACCAUCCAGGUGCUGCUGGACAGGUACAGCAAACCCCAGGAUUCUGGGAGGAGGGCUGUAUGUGGGCAGGCGUCACAGCCCCUGCUGGAUUCUUGUGGUCACUGUUCCUCACCUGUUUCUCUGGGAUCUGGGAGGCCUGAGUUACAGGCUGGGGUCAGGCUGCCCUCUCUAUCCCACCUCACUCUUGUACCCUUUACCCCCUCGCCUGCCAGGCUUGUGUUACGAAGGCUUUACCCCCUGGCGAUCCAGAUUUGUGAGUACCUGCGCCUUCCUGAAGUGCAGGGCGUCAGCAGGAUCCUGGCCCACUGGGCCUGCUACAAGGUGCAACAGAAGGACGUGUCCGACGAGGAUGUUGCUCGAGCCAUUAACCAGAAGCUGGGGGACACGCCUGGCGUCUCUUACUCUGACAUUGCUGCGCGGGCCUAUGGCUGUGGCCGCACAGAGCUGGCCAUCAAGCUGCUGGAGUAUGAACCACGCUCUGGGGAGCAGGUACCCCUUCUCCUAAAGAUGAAGAGGAGCAAACUGGCGCUGAGCAAGGCCAUUGAGAGUGGGGACACUGAUCUGGUGUUCACGGUGUUGCUGCACCUGAAGAAUGAGCUAAAUCGAGGAGAUUUUUUCAUGACUCUUCGGAACCAGCCCAUGGCCCUGAGUUUGUACCGACAGUUCUGUAAACAUCAGGAGCUAGAGACGCUGAAGGACCUCUACAAUCAGGAUGACAACCACCAGGAGCUGGGCAGCUUCCACAUCCGAGCCAGCUAUGCUGCAGAGGAGCGUAUCGAGGGGCGGGUUGCAGCUUUGCAGACAGCAGCUGACGCCUUCUACAAAGCCAAGAACGAGUUCGCAGCCAAGGCCACAGAGGAUCAAAUGAGACUCCUACGGCUGCAGCGACGCCUAGAAGAUGAGUUGGGGGGCCGGUUCCUGGACUUGUCUCUACACGACACGGUCACUACCCUCAUCCUUGGAGGCCACAACAAGCGCGCAGAGCAGCUGGCACGUGACUUCCGCAUUCCUGACAAGAGGCUCUGGUGGCUGAAGCUGACUGCCCUGGCCGAUCUGGAAGACUGGGAGGAGCUAGAGAAGUUUUCAAAGAGCAAGAAAUCACCCAUUGGCUACCUGCCCUUUGUUGAGAUCUGCAUGAAGCAACACAACAAAUAUGAGGCCAAGAAGUAUGCCUCCCGUGUGGGUCCGGAGCAGAAGGUCAAGGCCUUGCUUCUCGUUGGGGAUGUGGCUCAGGCCGCAGAUGUGGCCAUCGAGCACAGGAACGAAGCAGAGCUGAGCCUUGUAUUAUCCCACUGCACUGGAGCCACAGAUGGGGCCACGGCCGACAAAAUUCAGCGGGCUAGGGCACAAGCCCAGAAGAAGUGAGGGGCUCACCCCACACAUCUCCUUGAGCUCUAGCCUUGGCCGAAGCGUCACUGCGCAUCCAGCUUCUCCCCCAGAGCUAAGCGGAGGAGCUGGGGUGGGGUCGGAGCCAGGGGUCUGGAUGUAAAUAAAGUUGGGACAUUUUA